UCCUCCGCACAAACCAUUAGUAUUCUGUCUCACUCAACUUCCCUUCUCUCUCUCUCUCUCUCUCUCUCUCCUCCCUCUCUAAAAUAUUCAUCAAAUUAAAUUACUUUAAUCUUGAAGCUCUAUAUGCCUAGAAAAGGUAUGAGGACGGUAUUCUUCAAUCCGUCUACUUCAUCUUCUCCAAUGCGAUCACAACCGCAUCGCCAUACCUUCUCUGAUACAUUAGUGGAUGAGAACAUAGACAAUGCCAAUAUACUUAUUUACAAAUGGGAUUCUGAUUCCAAUACCAACUACUGCUCCAUCGCUUCUCUUUUCACUGACAAUCGCCAAGAAGCCAAGCAAUACCUCAACUCUAUCAAACAACUACAGUCUGCAAUGCAAUAUUACGUCACUGAAAACUCUGCCUCUGAAAAGCUCGUCCGAGCUCAAAAUCUUAUGCAAAUUGCUAUGAAACGACUCGAGAAGGAGUUCUACCAAAUCUUGAAGUCUAACCGAGACUAUCUUGACCCGGAAUCAGUGUCUACUCACUCUUCUAGAGCGUCCAGGUCCAGUGUUUCAGAUUUUGAAGAUGAAUCCGAGGAUGAGUCCUCACGACAUGGUGACUCUGUUUCUGAAGUGGAGCGAAUCUCUUUGGCAGCCAUGGCGGAUUUGAAGGCGAUUGCUGAUUGCAUGAUUGGUUCUGGUUAUGGAAAAGAGUGCGUCAAAAUUUAUAAAAUUGUUCGAAAAUCGAUUGUUGAUGAGGCUCUCUAUCAUCUUGGAGUGGAGAGAUUGAAUUUCUCGCAGAUUCAGAAGAUGGAUUGGGAGGUACUGGAAUUGAAAAUCAAGAGCUGGUUAAAUGCAGUGAAGGUGGCGGUUAAAACGUUGUUCAAUGGAGAGAGGAUUCUCUGUGACAAUGUCUUCUCUGCUUCUGUUGCGAUAAAAGAGUCUUGCUUUGCCGAUAUAACAAGAGAAGGCGCCUUGACCCUGUUUGGAUUCCCGGAAAGUGUAGCCAAGUGCAAGAAAACUCCAGAGAAAAUGUUUCGCACUCUCGACCUCUACGAAGCAAUCGCUGAUCUCUGGCCAGAGAUUGAGUCCAUUUUCAACUUUGACUCAACCUCCACCGUCCGUUCACAGGCCGUUAGCUCCCUAAUCCGGCUCGGCGAGGCUGUGCGUACUAUGCUAACGGACUUCGAAUCGGCUAUUUCGAAAGAAAAUUCCAAAAAGCUAGUUCCUGGAGGGGGGGUCCACCCGCUUACGCGUUAUGUAAUGAACUACAUUGCUUUCUUAGCCGAUUACGGCGGUAUCCUAUCCGAUAUAGUCGCCGAUUGGCCAUUAACGAUGUCAUCUCCUUUGCCAGAAUCUUAUUUUGGAAGCCCCGAGCCCGAAGAUGGCACAUCCUCGGCGAUUUCUGUACGGUUUGCUUGGCUCAUCCUCGUUUUACUCUGCAAACUCGACGGCAAGGCUGAGCUUUACAAGGACGUGUCUCUAUCAUAUCUGUUUCUUGCUAAUAAUCUCCAAUACGUGGUUAACAAAGUCCAAAAAUCAAGCUUAAAAUUCCUUAUCGGCGAUGACUGGAUCACGAAACACGAGGCUAAGGUGAAACAGUACGCACUGAAUUACGAGCGCAUGGUGUGGAGCAAGGUUUUCUCUUCGUUGCCAGAGAAUUUAGCGUCGGGGAUGACGAUUCACGAAGCGGCAGAGUGUUUCAAGAGAUUUAACUCCGCUUUCGAGGAGGCAUACAAGAAGCAAAGUUCGUGGGUGGUGCCGGACGCUAAAUUAAGAGACGAGAUUAAAGUAUCGGCGGCGAAGAAGCUGGUGCUGGUAUAUCGGGAGUUUCACGACAAGUAUCGUGAGGUAGUAAGGAGGGAAAUUGGAAGCAUAAGUCAUGUCAAAUUUACCCCUGAUGAUUUGGGGAAUUACUUGUCGGAUUUGUUCUUUGGGAACAACGGUGGUUCCGGAAGUAUUUCGUCGGCUUCAUCAACGUCGUCGUUUUCUUCAUCGUCGGGUCAAUCCCGAGGUGGGAAAAGCCGUUGAUGCCGCUGUGGAAUCAUUUAGGCGCGUAAAUUUAAAAAAAUAGAAAAAAAAAGAAUAAAGACAAAGGAGCGUGUACAUUUUGGAGCAUAGGACCGUUGAGAUACCGUAACGGCAUACUUAAAUAAUAAAAAUUUAUUUUAUUUUUUAUUUAAAA